GUGCUACUGAAUCAGGUAAACAUGUUGUAAAAGUUGGUGCUUCUACUGGUGCUUCUCUGAUCAAAGGUAUGGGCAUAGGCUUAAUAUUCCAAGCGGUGGCAUCUUCAUUAAGUGCAUAUUUAUCAAGUCAUUGGGAAAAAGAGGUACACAAAGUAGAUUGUGGAUAUGCUCCUAAUGGAAAAUCAUCCAACUCAUUUAAUGGCCCUGAAAUUCAAAAACCUUCUAAACUUUUCAUAAACAAAUAUAAGAAUGUUUGUUAUAAUGAUUUUUAUGCUCAGAGGAAAAAUGAUCAUCUUCUUCCUGAUGGAAGGUAUAUCAAGAGUAAGAAAGGUGUAAAUGGAACAGGAGGGAAACCAGGAAAAGGUGGAAAAAAUGUAAAAUAUUGUGGGGUAUACAUUAAUGAAAUGGUAAUUCCUGAGAUUAGAGGGUAUAAUGAAUUUGCAGAAGGUAGUAAGGUAGCAAUGCAAGAGGUAUCUAAAGGCACUCUUAAGAUUGUUUCUCAAGAGGCAGCUGAAAAAAUAACAAAAGAAGGAGGCGAAGUUGUAGUAAAAAAUUUUUUAAAAAUAGGUGCUACUGAAUCAGGUAAACAUGUUGUAAAAGUUGGUGCUUCUACUGGUGCUUCUCUGAUCAAAGGUAUGGGCAUAGGCUUAAUAUUCCAAGCGGUGGCAUCUUCAUUAAGUGCAUAUUUAUCAAGUCAUUGGGAAAAAGAGGUACACAAAGUAGAUUGUGGAUAUGCUCCUAAUGGAAAAUCAUCCAACUCAUUUAAUGGCCCUGAAAUUCAAAAACCUUCUAAACUUUUCAUAAACAAAUAUAAGAAUGUUUGUUAUAAUGAUUUUUAUGCUCAGAGGAAAAAUGAUCAUCUUCUUCCUGAUGUGUGUCUCGACCUUGAUUUUAUAUCCAAUAGAAUUUAUGAUGAUUGUAAUAUUGUUUUUACAGAUCCUUCGUCGACAUCCAGCUAG